AUGAUAGAAUUACCUACAAGUAUCGAUUGGAAACUUGCAGUUCCCAUUGGUGUCUGCACAGCUCUGGACAUUAUGCUGUCCAAUAUGUCGCUGUUCUACAUUACAGUAACGUUUUAUACGAUCGUCAAGUCGGGAGGAAAUGUCUGGAACUUGCUCUUUUCCAUUUCUCUCGGACAUCAACGUCCGUCGUGGCCGUUGGUUGCAGUCAUUGUGCUGAUUUCGAGUGGCAUUGGACUAGCCAGUUAUGGCUCCGCUCAUUUUGUUCUCCAUGGCUUUGUGUUAGUGCUAGCAGCGUCAGUUAUUGGGACAUUGCGAUGGGUUCUGACCCAGUCGCUGUUGCAAUCAAUGGAAGACAAUUAUGGAGCCCCGAGGAACAAAGUACUUGCCGUGGUGUAUUACGUGUCACCGGCGAGUGCACUUGGUCUGCUCCCAAUCGCGCUGUUCACAGAAGCGAGUGAUUACACGUCGUCACGCUUUCUGUUGGACUUGCAGCUGCUCAUGAUGUCGCUGUUUUUCAUCUUCAUUAGUGGCUGUCUGGCUUUCGUGCUAAUUUUCAUCGAGAUUUCGCUGGUCAAGAAAACGUCGGCGUUGUCGUUAGGCAUCGCUGGUAGCUUUAAGGACGUCACCCAAGUGCUGCUCGCAGUCUUCAUUUUUGGUGACGAGCUCAUCGCGAUCAAUGUCUUUGGCCUCGUUGUUGCCACGUGCGGUGUGCUUUUUUACACCUUUACCCACUCGAAGCAGAGUUCGGACGUAUAG